AUGAAAGCGUGUCUUCGUUCACGAGAUGGAAGCUGUCUACACCAACUCCGGCACCCAAUCACAACAAUAGGAUGUGAAGGCAGCGCUAGCGAUGUGAUUAUUCAGGUUAGUAACGAUUAGCUAAAUAAUUAUUAUGAUCUCUGUUAGUUUUUCAAAAUCAGAAUAAUGUCGAGACAUACCGAUAGAGCAGUGAUAACUUCCAAGGAACUACAACCGUCUUAUUUAUUGACUGAAUCUGUCAGUAUACUUAGGAAAAGUUUUGAAAAAGUAAGCUUCGUUUUCUUCGCUCUUGAAUAACCUUACACAGGUCACCGAGUCGCAAUUUUAAGCUGCUAAUUAACUUAGUUAAACAGAUAUCAGGUUCGAAAUUGUCUUCAAACAAACUUCCAAUUUCAAUAGCUGUGAACCACCUCGAUAUACGUGUUAAAUUUUCUGUAGGGUCUUUGAUCACAUUGAAGAGUAGCAACUGGUUGCUCCGAUUGUUGUUGAAAUACUCCUCGGAUACUAAUUACACACGAUUGGAAACACCACUUAAAUCUUCAAUAUCAAUUCACAGUACAGUACUUCUUUCAAGAGCUCUUAUUAAAGAUAGCAAGAAUUUUCAACUUCAAUUCAAUUUAUUUAUUUCCCACUUCAAAAUCUAACCAACCUUAAGUCCUAACUUGACCAGUUUUUUAGUUUACAUCACAUGAUUCGGUGAAACCUCCUUGAUAUGGACACCAAAGGGACAGAGUCUAUUGUCGUAUUACAGAGGUUGGAAUUUUUCAUUGCACAUAAAAUCUAUUCUCAGGUUAAACUAAAGAAUUUUCUCUGUAUGCUAAUUGCAUGGUUAGGGUCAGGUAACAUGGAAAAAUUCUGAAUAAAACUACAGUGUUUACUAACCAGGUUUCACCUAAUAAUAAUAAUAAUAAUAAACAUAAAACUUUUUUUUCGAGGGUAGCACUUAAUAUCUCUUGAUAAUGUACACAUGGCUCUCAGAAAAAAAAUGCAAUAAUCAAACAAGAGGCUAUGAUUUAUAGGAGAAAAUUUUAAGAUAAACGAACUAAGGAAUUGCUAAGGAUUGUCCAUUACAAUUUGCAAACUUCAAUUCGCUUAAGUUUGCUUUUCAAAGAUGUCAAGGUAGAGUCUUUCAACUGCUCAGGAAGUCUGUUCCACAAGCUUGCAGCACUGAACACAAAUGACCGCUGUCCGAUGCUGGUUUAAUUCUGGGCAACUUUAAAUUUCUUUUGCACUGAAUCUUAAAAAUGUCUCUGCCAUGUAGCUAGACAGCAGACCACUUAAUGCCUUAAAAACCAUCUUUGCCUAAAGUUUUGUCACUCACUGUUCAAAUGAGAGAAUGUUAAGAUUGCUUAUAAGUAGACAACAACAACAAUAAUAUUAAUAAUCUGUAAUGAGGGUGCAUUACCGGUACUCACAAAAGGAUUGUUGUCUGAUAAGGGAAUAAAUAUGAAAAUCAGGAAUGUCCAUAUAUCCAUCAUGGCACAAAAGGAGGGGGACAAUUCUGCAAUUGUGACGAGUGCCAAGCGUGCAUUGUUGUAUUUAUUAUUAAGAUUAGGGUUACAUAAGGUGUCAACGUGAAUAUUUAAUAAGCAGGAUAUUUAAGUUAGUUCUUGUCUUAUUAUAGAGAGCUUUUUUAUUUCCCUCAUAUCGCUGUCUCUCAUAAGUGUUUCAUGAUGUCAGGAAUAUUGUAGGGAACCUACGUGUUUUACUUUUCACGUGCAAUGCCGGGAGGCGAAGGGGCUGGUGCAUUUUAUAUUGCCGAAUUCAUCUGUAGAUACGUCGAAUGUUAGGGGUGCUUUGUUUGCUUUACCGCCACCUCCACGGCUUGAUAUUCAUGAUUCGAACGCAGCAGAAAAGUGGAAGGAGUUUGAGCAAGCUUGGAAGAAUUACUCAAUUGCCAUGAAGCUGCAUCAGGAACCCGAAGCAGUACAAGUUGCAACAUUCCUUUCUGUAUGUCGGAGCUGAAGUGCGGAAAGUUUUGGCUAUGUUUACGUAUUGGGCAAGCGACACCGACCAAAACAAGAUUCAGCCUGUGUUACAAAAGUUUACAGCGUACUGUCAGCCACUUAAAAAUGUGCCUUUUGAAAGAUAUAAGUUUUAUUCUAGAAUGCAAGAAUCGGGAGAGUCUUAUGAUCACUAUCAGACAGCUCUUCGACAGUUAGUGGAAAGGUUCGAGUUCGAAUCGAUUACCCCCAAUCAGAUUUUACAUGACAAGCUCGUGUUUGGAAUUCGCAAUACCAUGGUACAGCAGAUGAGGGUUGUUGGCAAUGCCGGUUUAAGCGUUGCAGAUGCCGGAAAUGGAAUGCUGUGUCUAAAAAGCCUAAAAGAGGGAAACGUAGGCCCAGUCCUGGCUCAAGAAAUGCUAACACGUGGGCAAAUAGUUGUGAAUUUUGCGGACGUGAGCAUGACUUAGCAAAGCGUGAGAACUGUCCAGCUUUUGGAAGGAGCUGCAAUAAGUGUGGCAAGAAAAGUCAUUUCACAAAAGUAUGUUUUGGACACGCGCCAAAGCCCACGACUCACACGCAUCCUGUGUAUGUUUCGAAGAUGAGCUUUCGGACGAAGUUUUUGGAGUGCAAGAAAUUUCGGCUGUAACGUUGGAUGAUUCUCAACUGGUAACGCUGAAUUUGGAAUCUGGAAAUUAUCUUCGUUUUCAGCCCAAUACCGGAGCUCGGUGCAAUGUUGUCCCUUUGCAUCUAUACAAGAAAACCACUAAGGAUGUUGAUUAGUACAAUGUGACCCCUGUCAAUACGGCGAUCAUUUCUUAUGGUGGUACUUCAACUCCUAUCCUUGGGAAAGUUCAUUUGUAUGUAUGGCGUGGACAUUUCAGAUGCCUGCUUGACUGCAAUGUGGUUGACAGCAAGAAAGUCAGACCUAUUCUUGGCAGGAAAGUGUGCCUGGGAAUGAACAUUAUCCAGUAUCUAGACAACGACCAGUUAAACCGACCGCAGGAGUUUGACGGUGAAGCUUAUACACAUAAUGUUCUGGCCAGUUCCCCGGUGUCCGCUGACCAGCUCAUUAAGAGCUUUCCUCGUGUCUUUGCUAAUGGCAUUGGUGCACUUGCGGGUGAAUACCACAUGGUGCUGAAUGAGUCGGCUAGGCCAGUUCAACAUCCUCCUCACAGAGUUCCAGGUGCGAUCUGCGAACGUCUUAGAGAGACCCUGGAAGAUUUAGAGAAGCAUGAAAUUAUUCCUUGAGUGACAAUGGAUCAGCUUGAUGGUUGUCAUACCAAAGAAGAAUGGCAAAUUACGCAUAUGUUUGGAUCCAAUGGAUCUUAAUCAUGCUUUGCAGCAGGAAAACUAUCCUAUGCCUACGAUUGAAGAUGUAGCUUCCCGUCUUCACAGAGCUUAUAAAGUUUUCACGUCGCUUGAUGUCUCCAACCGGUUCUGGCCGGUUGUUCUUAAUGAGGAGUCUUCGUUUUCUACUACUUUUAAUACACCGUUUGGGAGAUACCACUGGAAAAGGAUGCCGUUCGGGAUCAGAUCUGCAUCUGAACUGUUUCAGCGUAAAAUGCAGGAGUUGAUUGAAGGGUUGAGGGGUGUUGAGGUCAUCGCGGAUGAUUUUGUUGUUGUCUGCAAUUAAGGACCAUGACAGGAAUCUAUCGUUUCUUCAGAGAUGUGAUGAGUGCGGAGUUCAUUUGAACAGCUACAAGUUGCAGCUUAGAAUGAAAGAAGUCCGUUUUAUUGGUCAUGUGGCCACCUGUGAAGGUCUUCGCCCAGAUCCAUCUAAAGUUCGGGCAAUUUGCGAGAUGCCCCCGCCGGAAAAUGUAGCUGGCAUUCAGCAAAUCCUUGGUCUCAGUACCUUAGUAAAAUUCUGCCGCGUUUGUCUGAUAUUACAAAGCCACUGAGAGACCUCACCCGCCAAGAUGCUGAGUGGAUCUGGGACGAGCUGCAACAGAGUGCAUUUGAGUGCCUCAAGCAAGCAGUUUCAGCUACGCCUGUGCUGCGUUAUUACAAUCUGAAAGAAGAUGUUACCAUUCAAUGUGAUGCAUCUCAGCGUGGCCUUGGUGUGGCAUUACUACAAGGUGGGCAGCCUGACAAGGAAGUAAAUUACGCCCAGAUAGAGAAGGAGUUGUUGGUGAUUGUCUUCGCGUGUGAGAAGUUUGAUGCGUACAUUUAUGGCUGUGAUUGUGUUCGAGUGCAGACAGAUCACAAGCCCCUCGAGUCCAUUUUCCGGAAAGAACUUUGUACAGCCCCCAAGCGUCUUCAGAGGAUGCUGCUUAGGCUGCAAAAGUACAGUCUGGAUGUCACUUACCUGAAAGGAGAGAAGAUGUUGGUUGCGGACACUUUAAGCUGUGCCCAUUUGCCUGAAGUCAAUACAACAGUUAACCCAUGUUUCGGCUGAUGAUCCAGUUCUGAAGCAGUUGCACACUGUCAUUCAAUGUGGCUGGCCUGAGAGAAAGUCUGACGUUCCUAUGUGUCUUCGACCCUAUUUUGAUCUGCGUGAGGAGCUGGUUGUUCAAGUUUGCGCAGCACCUGAUGAGUUGUCAAUGUCGUACACUUCUGCCAAUGUCGGAGUCUCCUUUAAGACCAAGUUAUCCACUACACGGUGAUGUGCGUGCGUUGGCCGGAAGGAAAUGGCGCCAAAAGAAUUAUUAUGAUCGGCAUGUGAAGCCUUUAAAGUUCAUCGCAACCUUGGCGAGUCUGUGCGUGUGAGGCUUCCUGGUGAGAAAGUUCGGUCACCUGCUGAGUGCGUGGGUUUUGCUGGUCCGCGCAGUUACCUGUUAAAGACUGGUGAUGCUGUUUACCGUCGUAACCACUGUGCCAUUUGACUUGCUGAGCACAGGAGAACCUCCUGUUACUGAUCAGUUUGAUUCGCCUGUUACCCCUCAGUCCAGUCGCAGUAACGCAGAAUCCCCUGGAGGAAAUUUGCCUCUGCCUGAUGUACCUGAGUCAAGUGUGCCCUAUGUUCCUGAGUCAGUGCCAACAUCCAUCGACCAAGGUCGACCGGAAACUCCAUCUCCUGUGCCCUCUUUUGUGCUGCCAACUAAUCUUUGACAAUCGCAGAGAGAAAGAAGGCCGCCGAAAAGAUUUCAAGACUUUGUUCUAAACUAACGAAAAGAUUUCGAGACUUUGUUCUAAACUAAAGCUGAACUCUGAGUUUUGUAGUGUUUUGGUAUACAAGUUAGGGAUAAAUCGAGCUGUUUGUUUAUGUAUUCUAUUCAUGUCAUUCUCUUUUGUAAGACGGAAGGUGUGGCGAGUGCCAAGCGUGCAUUGUUGUAUUUAUUAUUAAGAUUAGGGUUACGUAAGGUGUCAACGUGAAUAUUUAAUAAGCAGGAUAUUUAAGUUACUUCUUGUCUUAUCAAAGACAGCUUAUUUCCCUCGUAUCGCUGUCUCUCACAAGUGUUUCAGCAAUACCAUUUAAAAAUUGGCAAAUACUGAAAUGCCAUGUCGAAAGGAACCAACGAAAUGCCGAUACCGCAUUAUGAUUGGUUACGCUUACUUAAAGUAGUAUCCAUCUCACAUGUUUGUUUAUCUCAAGCAUGUAUGUACCAGCAAAUAUUAUGUAUUAUGUUGCAAGAAAACAGGAGAAGACCUCGAAGUGAUUGGCAUAACAAUCAAAAGCCCAGUCAUUGGAUCGCUACCAAUUUCAUCAUAGAUUAACUGUCAGAAAUUGUGUAGUUAUUAUUUAGCAUUAAGUCUAAAGUCUUAAAAUAUUGACCAGUAUUGGACAUAAAAAUUUGAAUUACGGAUCAAAAUACCGCUUGACAAAAAAGCUUUAAAUACCAAAAACCUCCAUGUCCCCCUCCAAAAGCCAUGACGUAUCUGCAAUAGACAAGUGUUUGUAGGGAGAGGUUAUGCUGUAUUAUUAAACUGGGCCUUUGAAGUUCAAACUUAUUUUGGAAUACAAAUUUUCUAGACUGAUCUCCAUACAUUUUGUUAAAGAGUUAGUCGAGAGAAUUUGAUAAAGGAUCAAAGCAUUUCUCUUUAAAGUAAUCAUUUUACUAAUUCUCUUGAUAAUAAUGCAUUAAUUUUGUUGGUAAAAGAUUGUUGUUGGUCACUCUUAGUUUUUAUUUAUUGAUUUAUACCACUACAUGAGAAAUUUCUGCAAUUUGAUUGGCUUAGAGCAGUGGUAUUUCAGCUUAAUUUGAAAUGUAUACCUACAUGUGAAAAUUACAAACCUUUUGUGGGUACGUAGUAGUAUAAACGAAUAAUAGCAUGAUUUGUAUGUGAUAUUUUGCAUAUAAAUACCACUCGUGAUCUUUCAAAAUUGUCUCAAAUUUCACUCGCCUAACAGCUCGUGAAAUUACGUAUAACAAUUUUGAAAUAUCAGUUGUGGUAUUUAUGCCAAAUAUCACUACAAAUCAUGCUAUUACCUAUACAAAUAAUAAUUAUGUAAUUUACAAAUGAUUGUAACUUCCUGGUGCCCAGUUGCAUGUAUGGAAGGCAAUGAAAUUUACAGUGUAGUUUACCUUUUUCCUUUAUUUUUUCCUUUAUUUAUGUAUAUAGUGUUCUAACGUGGAGCGGCAGCAUGCCGUUAUAGAAUACAGUGAGGCAGAGGGUUGUUUUGUGGUUCAAGAUCUAAACUCAGCUCAUGGUACUUAUGUAAAUGAUUGUCGUGUACAGAAUGCAGCUGUGAGACUUGCCUCCGGUGAUGUAAUAAGGUUUGGAUUUGGUAUCCUUUUAAAAAUGACAACAAAAGUAAAAGAAAGUGUGUGGUGAGUGUACAUGUAGUCCUAAUUAAUGCUCCAAUAUGACUCAGCUGUUGACAGUGACUGACCUUUCGACAACCUUAAGUCAUAGUCAGAGUCGAAGUGAGUUGUGUCUUUUCAGUUGAUGAUAUGUGGUAUUUUGCUCAAAUUAUAUAGUUAAAUGAAUUUACAGUGCAUACCUUGUAUUUGAUUACACAACUUCCUUAACAUGCAUACAACUAAACAGGAAAUGCAGGUUUUGAAUUUCUUGUUGAUUCAUCCUCAACACUUCAUUACCCAUCCUUGGGUCUGUCUAAGCCAUGGGAAUCAUACAGACUCCGUGUUCUGUCAUCACCAAUGGCAACAUUGCCAUUAGGUGGAGUCACCUCCCUUCCUUAUAUCAACACUGUGACACCAGUGAGUACUGAUGGUGUACCACUUUAUACAAGCACUGAACCGGUCAGUUUGCCUGGGACUGGUGGCUCAGUAUCAGAAAUAAGAGGCCCAUCUGAUCCAAAGGUUAGUAAGUUUUUCUGAAUGCCAGUGUGCAAAGAAUUAAAGUCAUGUCUGAAAACUUGGGGCUAGUGGAUUUUGUGAUUGGGGCUAGUGAAUUCUGUUCUUAAUUUGCCUGACAGGCAAGUGAAGAUUUUUGGUGAAAUUGAAGUUAAAAGAUGCUGAGGUAGAUUAUUCAGUCUGAUCAGUGACAGGGGAGGUUCGAAAGAAGAAACCCAGUACUCCCAUUGGGAGUCAAACCUAUGACCUUGUGGUUAUUAGGUCAGAUGCUCUACUACUAAGCUACAUGAGACUCUUGUGAGCUAAGGCUACUAAACUAGGUUCAUGUGACAAACAUAUUCCAUACUGCUUGGACUAGAAUAAAUUGAUAUGUGAUAGAAAUGUGAUGACGAAUUCAAGGCCUGGUAUGUAUGGUACAAGUCAAAAUUAAAUUCAGGUAAAAGGUUGAUUCUCAGUUUUCCUUGUCUCUUAACCCUAAUUAUAAUUAUUCAUGCAUUUAGGGCCAGGAGAGAAAGAAAAUUGAGAACCAACCUAGGUUAAAAUUUUAUCCUGAAUUUAAUUUUGAUCUAGUUGUAACAAAUGUACAGUCAAGAGGUGUUUAUUUACUAAGUGUCACAGGCAGCUCUGAAGAAAAAUCUGAGUGCUCCCAAGGAGCAAGCAGGAGUAGAAACUAUUAUAUGAUCUUUUGGUUACUAGACCAUACUUGAUAAGGCCAUUACACUAAGUUCUCUCACAAGUCUUCUUAACUCUGUGGCAGGAUUUACUUAUUGUAGUGUGGUUGUUUUUCAGGCUAAUGUUAUGCCGCACCCUCCUCUGAGAUCUCGUCCAACAAGUGCUGGUGCUACCAGGACUCGACCCAGCUCUGCCGGCAGAGAAAGGAUACCUGGUCCUCCUGUUGCUAGAGGUAACUAUCAUCAUCAUUAUCAUCAUCAUCCAGCCUUUUCAGUUGGGAUGCUGUGAAUAAUGAUCUUAUUCCCGUCUGACAUCGUGCUCGCAAGGUCUUCCCUGAACACUAAUUCCGGAAUUUCUUAAGAUCAUAUCAGUUAAUGAACACAGCCACGUAAUUGGUUUCUGUAGAAGAAGGGAUUGAAUGAUUGCCCCCUAAAACUAUAAUAUACAAUAUUAUAUAAUAGUGCAAAAUACAGGGGAAAGGAUCAGUAACUGAAAAAAUGUUUAAGUGAAGUUGGGCAACCAAAGAAGAAUAUUACAUUUCCGUUAGCAAGAAAUUUAAGGAGAUUAGUCCAAAAGUAAGAAAUGAGAGUUUUCAGGAGAAUGUUCACCAAAAACGGUACACUGCCCUGUAUACUAUUUAGGAAUAGACUAAUCAAGUUGGACAUUUUUGAUUGAAAAUGAAUUUCUGAAUAUGACUGGACUAGCUAGUCUGGCCAGUCUGCAGUUCUGCUGGAGUUAAAGUUACAAAGAUUUGUUUAUUUUGGUUGCUUAUUUGCUUUAUUUGCAGUGGAUUUUCAUGGUUUUAUUUAAGACCAUUUUUAAAAUGAAAUCCUUGCAGCAAUUUUUUGGUAGCUUUUACUACACUCAGACUUAACCAUAUGAAUGUGAGAAUUUUAACAAAAAGACAUAGCAUGGAAUAAGGACAAUUACAUGUAUGUAGUAGUAGUAGUAGUAGUAGUAGUCACCAGAGAUUGAAAUCAAACUUCUUAUGUUUCUUUAAAAUUGUAUGCUAACAUUAAGGGCCCUGUAAAUACUUUCCUCUAAAGCAUUCAUAGGUGGGAGAGGACGGGGGUUAGGGAGCCCAGAAGGAUAGGUAGAAGGAGGGAUAUGGGUGAGGGGGUAGGGAGCCCAAAAGGAUAGGCAGAAGGAGGGAUAUGAGUGGGGGGGUAGGGAGCCCAGAAGUAUAGGCAGCAGGAAGGAUAUGAGUUUGGGGGGGUAGGGAGCCAAGAAGGAUAGGCUGCAGGAGGGAUAUGAGUGGUGGGAGUUCUAAAACUGCUGGUAGUCAGAGCUUGUGUGUAAUAUUUUGCAAUUGAAAAAAGUCUAAAGGGCGGAAACCCCAGGGAUGGUACCUACUCCCUUUUAAAAGCCAUAUAGGUAUCUACUGCCUCAAAGGGUAGGGUUAUUGGGCCGUUUCAGUCUGAAAAAGGGUAUAGACUUUGCACAUUUUGGUGUGGCAUCAGGAAUGGUUUUUGAGGGAACUUCGGGAGUGUAUAAACGUAUUUGUCAUUUUAAUUCCAAAUGAACAACAAAGCAAGAUAAUAUGCGAAUCUGAAAGGAUUUUAAACAAAUGUAAGUAAUUUUUGGUCUGAAAACAGGUGUGGGUAAUGAAAGUUUUUGUCCGAAAUAAGAUCAGGAUUUUGAGAACGGGGUGGCACAUCCUCACCAAGAUUUCCCAGAAAUACUCCACCGGGAGAGGAAGGCACGAAAAAAGGGGUGGGAGCCAGUAAUGCAAGGUAUAGUUUAGUACCCCCUCCUGUCCCCCCUGAUAAUAAUGGUGAGACUUUCAUGUCAAUUGUCUCCUGAAUUUACAGGUGGAUGGAUUAAUGGUCCAGUGCAGACAACAGGGGAGCAAAGCAUUCAAGAUCUGGUAAGCUUCUUCGAGCUGCAGUGAAAUUUGUUGUCUCAAAACCGUCUAGGGGGGUUGAUGCUAUGUAAGCUGGGGAAGCUUACAUAGCAUCAAGCUCGGCGGGAUGUACUCCCUAUGAUGGCCUAUACAUGGAGGUUCCGUGUGAAAGGGGUAUCUUUUUCAGCCAUCAGGUAUAUGAAAGGGUAGGGAUUUCACUCGUUGAUGUGUAUUAAAGGGUAGAGAAAUCUGUCAUUUGGGUCUGUAAAAGGUCCCAAAAGAUCUAACAGAUGAAUUUUAUGCCUUUAUAAAGUCGAGAAAACGUUCUGUUGGGGAUGCAAACUUCUAAACAAAGUUUAUGAAAGGGAUACCAUUUGUCAAUAGGGGUAUACGAAAGGGGUACCUUUUUAGUGAAAAAUGGUCGCAAGGGGUUUGACCUCGAAGUGGAGCCUCCCCGUAUAAACACUUGUUCAGUACACCCCACCAGAAGCAAAGUCCUUGUGUAGAGCUAUGAGGUAUCUGGAAUGGUUUUUGGGGAGGGCACGGAUGCUACAGAAAUAUCAUGUUACCUGGUAGGCCUAUUUAUCGUUUAAAAUUGUCUCACAAAAGUCUUUGUCAUUGAUUGCUUUGUUUCGACUGCAUACUGCUGGUCAGGUGAUGGUGUCAAGUAAGGACUAUAAUAAUGUUAGUAAUGUAUUUCGUAAUUGCUUCAGCUUGGUGCAUUAUGGAAGCCACAAUGCAUACUGAAUAUUUUUCAGGACAAAGGCUUAGCAUGGACCCUUUUUUGACCUUGAAAUUUAUCCUUUUUUACAGCGUAUAGGGUUCUCCAUUUUACUGUAAAAAAUUGAAUCAAUUUUGUCUGCUUACUUUUCCGACUAAAUACCCGCAGAAAUUGUUGUGUCACAACUUUCCAAAUCUUAUCCUUAUCUUGACUAUCUUGUGUCACAGUUUGUUUUGUUUUUGUUUUUAUUUUUAUUUUCUCCAGGAGGAACGUCUGUUACGCAUGGGUGAUGAACUCAGCCGACUAGCUUCAUACGAAGCAGAGUGUCAUCGUAAAGAUGGCGUCAUUGCAGCUCUGAGAGAUGAGGUUGUUGAUCUGAAAGGAGCUCUGCAGUCAAGUGGCAGUUUCAGGUACAUUUGCUCUUGUUAAUGUCCACUUAAGACAGCGGUUAGCUUGUUCCAGGCUCCGAGAUGGUCGGGUCCGUGACAAAGCGCGAAUGCGAAAAUCAAACGGGAGGUAACCUCCUUUUUCCAGAUCAUGCGCUCAUCAAUUUCGUGCGCCUUUCACUUACGCGUCAUCCCUACCACAUCUGAUAGUGCAAUGAUCUGAGAGCCUGGAACAGGCUAGACAGUGAGUGAUCCGCCUUCAUAAAGAUUUUAUUGCAAUUUGUUCUGAAUAACCUUUACAAAGUUGUUGAAAACGUAGAUCAGAAACCAUGGUCGUGUAAUCUUGUCGGGUUGAAAGUGGUUCUUUGCAGUCAAUGAAGUAACUAACAACUGAUACAACUUGGCAAUGAAAAAGACCAAAAACAGCUAACGUUGCUUUUGUCGAAUUGGUAUCCGCAUUUGACAUUCAGUGACGCAUACCUUAAUGACACAUCUUUUGUUUCUAAUUCUGGUGUGUCGUUCUAGUCACCAAUAAAGUGACUGGUUUUGAGCAAAAUACAAAUUGCCUUUUGGAGUCCUUCUUUAAACAUUUUACUUGUAUUGAAACGCGGUUUCUAUUAUAACAGGAGACACUAUUCCUACCACAUUGACUACUGCCUGUGUACGGUCGCUAGAUUCCAGAAUUAUUCUCUUUUUAUUUAAGCCAUGAUUCGGCAAAAAAUGGUUAAUUCUGAGGUCACUAACAAAGCAACAUGAAACUCCUCAGCCCUGAAAUUACAUGUAGAAGUGCUGCAAGGGACUCCUUAAUGGAAAUAAAUCGGGUAAUUGCGGUCUCGCUUAGGGUUGGAAAUUGCAGAUUUUCAGCUUUCACGUAGGGUGCGAAAGACGGAAAGAAUGACAUUUAAUAUUCAUUCUUGUAAAGGUGUUGCUCAGGUUGGUGAGCAAAGAAACAUAUCUGCAUAAAAAAACUAAAACUCCGUCAGACCGUGUUGGAUCGAGUAUGGUCUUUUUUAGGGAUCCAACAAUGCAUAAGCCACUUUAAAGGAACUGUCCCACAAAAUUUAUGAAAAUUCAAACAGUAAUAAAUGCCACCAAAUUGAGUGAAACAUUAAAGAUAACCCCUCAAAACAUUAAAAGAAGGUACAAGUAACAAAGCAAAUGUCAAGGAAGGCUCGGAUGGACAAAGUUUAAGAAGAUUGAAACGGAUUGCAAUUUUGGGUUUUUAAACCUAAUUAGCCUGACAGUUAUUUAAAGUUGUUUGCAACGUUUGAUAUAAUGCUUAGAAGGCAUAAUGUUUGACAAGAAAUUGUAAGUUUGUCAUUUACAAGUGAUUUCUUUGCUAACGUUAAGUUUCAUAGCGCAUUAACACAAUGAACUAGAGCCUCCUCUCCUAGAAAACCCAGUGAAAAGAACCAAAACAACAACUCGUCAGGUUUAUCAAACUUUUUGGUACGUUUGUAGCCGCCCACGGCUUACUGCACGACAACAACGUGACAUUCUCUAAUGCGACGUUUUAUGGGGUGUUAACCCGUAGGCUGAACAUUCGUUAAGGAAUUCUACUCUUGGUAAAGUCACCUGCAUUUGGCAUACUGAACAAUUUGGAAAAAUCCGGUGACCAUUCGAUGUUUGAAAGGGUGCAAAAUUCGUCUUAUUGGUAACUCUUUGCUACUGUCGCCUUUGUGAUUACUAAGCUAUUGCAAAGCCGCUUGUGAUCACUUUAAACGAUCAAAAUGCUGUUUGAAAUCAUUUCACGACCAUUAUGUGAUGCUUUCUAUUUUUACUAUUAUCAGAGCUGGAGGAGAGGAUUCAGCGUUUUCUAAUGCAAGCAUAAUUCAUCAGCUUCGUGAGCAAGUAUCGCAGUUGCAAGCGAUUGUGCAAGAGAAGGAAGAAAACGAGAAGGCAGCAGCGCAGAAACUAGCGAUGUACCAGAAUCAACUGCACGCCAAAAACAAUGAAGUUGCUACUUUAAAGGACCAAUUGCAGGCACAGGUUUGUCCUAAAUAUUGCCAGUGGAGAUACUCUCCAUGAUGCCUAUACGGGGAGGCCCCGCCCAAAAGGGGUACCUUUUUCAGGCUUUGGGCAUAUGUACAGGGUAAGGAUUUCGUGAGUUGAAGUAUAUGAAGGGGUAGGGAAAAUCGUCUGUUUUAUAGGUGUUCAGAAGGGGCUUUAACUUGAGUAUUUCGAGCCGACGCAUCUUACGGCCGUACCAAUUUAAUUUAUUAAACGCUACGCAAGAAGACUAACUGAUAGUAAGUAUGAGAUAGGGGUAUCAUUUGUCAAUGGAAGGUAACUGAUAGUAGGUAUGAGAUAGGGGUACCAUUUGUCAAUGGAAGGUAACUGAUAGUAGGUAUGAGAUAGGGGUACCAUUUGUCAAUGGAAGGUAACUGAUAGUAGGUAUGAGAUAGGGGUACCAUUUGUCAAUGGAAGGUAUACGAAAAGGACUACCUUUUCUACCAAAAAUGGUAUAUUAAAAGGGAACAGUUUGGAUAAGGCCUUUACCUGUGGAACGUUGUUGAAUCCUGACUAUAGGAGCUUUGCUUCUACAAUUAUGAAAAGGGAUUUGAGGGUGUCUUAACUAGCCGGCCGGAAGCAAGAUUAUAGUUGUUAUUAUGAUUAAUAAACAUCGUACUUGUUCUCAAUGAGAGAUGGCAAAAGCACGGUGGAAGAGUAUUAAUUAUAGCCGAAGUGUGAUGAAGCAGGGAAUGAUUACAAGCAGAAUAUUUUCAAUCUACGUGUUGCUUCAUGUGCUUCAAGCGCUGGCAACCGGAAUUUUACUUUAGUUACUAUGAAAAACUACACAGAAAGUAGACUUACUGCAGUAAAUUUAAGGGGAGAAUUUUUCAAAGGAUUAGCACAGUUGGUUAGUACGCGGCCUUCUGGGCGGGAGAUCCUGAGUACGAUUGCCAGGUGUGACCUCAAAUCCUUCUUUCGACUUCUUCCCUUUCCGUGUAGCUUUAAGUAGCUGUAAAUACUCGUAAAACGGAUCACUGAUGGAGAGAGGGCGGAUAAAACGAGCGCACCGUCGGCCUCAGAUUUGUUAGGGUGGAUUUCCACUGUCGCGUAAUUUUUAUCGUGCGAACGCGCGUAAAUGAAAUAGAGACAAUGUGUGGAAGGUUACGCCUAACCUUGCUCAACUUUCACGUUUACGCGUGGCCUUUCAUACACUAGGGCCGUUUAUACGAGAGAAAACAAGCCGCGGCUUACUCUGGCCCCUGGUUAAUAAGCCGCGAACACCCCGUAUAAAUGAUACAAAAUCUACGUUCACGGCUUAUUCAACCGACGGCUACUUCAAGCCGCGUCUUAUCCUGGCCGAGGAGUUUUGGGUUGGGCUUAUCCAAGCCGCGGCUUACCUUGGACAUGAAAGUGUUCGUAUAAACGGCAGUAAAACGUUGUCCGCGGCAUGCUUAAGCGGCAUACUGUCCGCAAAUGCUGCGCAUGCUCUGUUUUCAAUUAUAUCCCAGACCUUCACGGCUGAGAGACGCGCGCUGCAGAGGCGGGAAAGUGACCUGCUGCACGAGAAAACUGAAAAUUUUGUCCAAACAACACCUCAUCCAUAUGCAUCCCUGGAACGUCUCUUUCAAACCACUCGAUUGAUCGCUGACGAACUUUUCGUCGAGGUUUCCGACAAGUUUCGCAACAACGCAACGCUAAUCUUGAGCGAAAAGUUAAUUUGAAAGAAUGUAAAAUAAGGCGAUUUUUUAGACCAAAGCCAAUCGUUUCGCUUUUCCCCAAUUACGCUAGACACCAAAACAAACUACGUCAUCAUUGGACCGGUCUGGCCGCGAACUAAGCCGUGAACCAUUUAUACCAGCAGUUCGCGUCUUAUGUAAGCCGUACUUGUGUAAAUGGUUCCUUUCUUGGCUUAUGUAAGCCUCGGCCCGAGUAAGCCGCGACUUAUUUUCUCUCGUAUAAACGGCCCUAUAUAAUGUAUUUAUUUCAUUUACGCGCGUAAAUUUUACGUGCGUUUACACGGAAACAUUACGCGACAGUGGAAAUCAACCCUUAGUCAAAUGACUAUUUUGAGCUACCGACAUAAAAUAAGGACUCUUUACCUUUACCUGUUACUGUUUAUUGGGGCGCUUGUUUAUGUAUUUCGAUUUCCUGAAGCAAGUUUUCCUCGACAACUUGGAAAACUUUCUAUUUUAAAUAGAGUUUCACUGUAAAAGCUUAUGAAAUUGGGAUAUUUUUGGUUAUUAUUUACAGUCUAAGGCUUCUGCUUGGGUUAAAACGGACCCAAACGCAACCACAAACAAGAUCGCAUCGUUGCGCACUGACAUCGCUGAGAAGGAGCGAAGAAUUUCUCAACUAUCCAACGAAAAUGAAAAGCUAAACAAACAAAAAAUGCAGUCCACGACACUGCUGAACGGGUUACAGAGAGAAAACUCUGCAAAGGACGCCUUAGUGCAUCAGGCGAAGAGAGAGAUUGAAAAACUUAAGAAGGAACUACGUGAAAAGGAUUCAACAAUUUCCACCAUGUCGACGAAGGUUAGAUAUAAUACACAAAGCUAAUGUUGCCUUAACCUCAAAGAUAAUUUUAAUCGUAGCCUGCGAGUACAGCUGUCGCUCAACACUCCCCCUUUGUUGGGAAGUUUCGAGAGGCGCCCUCAGCUACGUGGAGAAGCCACUAGCAAGCUCUCCAUUUCUGUAGGGAACGAAGCCAGCCUCGAGGGACUCGCGACUCCACCAAAUGGCCAUGGAGAGCUUGUUCGCAGGCUACGACGAGAAACGAUUACUUUUUCCGCGUAGCACGUUCGGCUGUAUCGAGGGUCCCCAAUUGGUUUUUUGGGAUCCGGGAUUUGCCUUAUUUGAAUAUCGGGAUCCGGUAUUUUCCUUAUUUGUAGCCGGGAUUCGGAAUUAUGGGGCUGAGAUGUGCACGGGAUGCUAGUCUCCCUCUCAGCCAUUUUAGUGUCGUCACGCAACGCUCCUGGUGUAGGCAAAAUCCUUUCUCAGGUUAAACCAUAAAAGUUAAUGCAAAGAUAUGUGGUGAUUUGGGUUCGAAUAGACCCUUUUAAACUGCCAAUAGCUGUCUUAUAUGAAACUUUAUAAAAAACAGCCUUCGAGCAAGCUUUCCGUUUUGUGUGGCGAGCGAAGCGAGAACGUGUGAGGCAGAGGAAAGUAAAGCCCUCGUUUCUUUCUUCAACCUGCUCUCUCGUGUUUCCUUUCGUGUGUCGCUUGCAUGUGGCUUCAAACAGUGUAACUCGACUGAAAAGCUUGCUCGCAUGCAGAGUAAGUAACACAGAAGAGUCACUUAUAGAAUCAUUCAACUACACAUUAGGGAGUUUCAGUAGAGGCGUUUUGGGCGACGCACGUCAAUCGGAAGUCAUGCCGUUUCCCUGUUAAUGCCCUGACGCCACCAGUUUGUACUGCUAAGUGUUUUAACUCUUAUAGAGACAAUUUGCCGUAAAAUUUGGGCGAGGCCACAAGCCAAACGGCAAAAACGCUACUUCCAGUUGACGGGCAUCGUUUAAAAAUGUCUUUUCUUAAGCUCACUAUUGAACCGUUAGAACUAAAGCUACAAGGGAGCUUAAGCAACUACGACGGCGACGGCUACGAAAACAUCACUUAAAAAGUGAAUUCGCGUGGCUUUAAACUUUAUCGCGUUUAUUCCAUCUCAUUCAAUUCGUCAAAUAUUGGCAAAUUUUCCAAGAGUUGAACUCUAAAAGACUGUAUCGAAGUUCAGAGAAAGAAAAAGAAGGUCGUUGUCUUCUGUUCACGUCCUCCACAAAACAUGAAAUCAGGGAAUUUCUCGUCGUAGUCGUGCAGUGACGGCUAAGAAAUGUACAAAAAAGCGUGAUGCACGUGCAAAGUUGUUGUUUUGCUAAUCUAAACCAAUUGCUUUUUUGCCGUUCUCGUUGACGUCGUCGCUUAAGCUCCCUUAUAUGUCACUAAAAACGCCAACGUUCAAACUGUCAAAGUGCCCAAUCUCCUUUUAACAUCCUGUAUAGUAUUUUUCUCUUAAGGGUUAAUCAGGGGCACCCAACGACGGUUUGCUCCUAAAUACAUUGAAAAUACUUUUUAGGCUAUCCAGAGUACUUUAAGAUAUCUAGAAAAGCAUUCUAAGCGGCGUUGUAAAAUUUGUAUCUGUUCGGUCAUCCUAGGAGAACUUCAGUCUUUUCGAAAUUACACGGGCUUCAGUAUUAUUUUCCCGAAAAUUUUAGAUGAAAUUUGACGUAUUAGGAAAGUGAGACAUUUUCUUAUUCAUCUCUCCAUCACAUGUUUCCUUUUUUCAAUGAAAAAUAACCGAACUUGGGAAGUAAAACGCGAAAAUUAAACUUCAGAAAAUCGUAGGGAAUUUAUUAGAUAAGCUUUGAAAAUUGUUCAUGAAUGGAACGGUCAUCUAGAAAUUUUUAGCCGUCGUCAAGUGAUAGAUAAUUAUAGGGAAUAGUUACUUUUCCGAACAGAUAUUUUAAAGAAAACAGUCGUUGGGUGCCCCUGGGUUAAUAAAUAUGUACAAACUGUAUGUAACAAUCAAGCUUUCUUUCUCUUAUUUGCAGCUGGGAAGGCAGAAGGCCGCUAAAGAAGUGGAGAAAGAGGCACAAAAAUUAGAACAAGAGCUUUAUGCAACAAAAGGGGUAAGAAUUGAGUGAUCUGUUAUAAAGGUCUUCCCAUCUGAAACAUCACCUUUUUUAUUUUAGAGUUCUAGGUUUAACACCUUGUAAUCGGUCUAAUAAUUAGUAAACAGCCAGUACAUAGGUACAAUUUCCAUCGUGUUUAAUUUUCCAUUAUGUGGAAUAAUGGUAAAGGAUGUACUGAAGAAUCAGUUAAUUUAACUAUCUUAACCAUUUCUCCAAGAGCCUGUUUACAUGGAGGUGUGGGACCCUAGGCAGGCGAGGUAACCCGCCUGUCCAUAUAAUCUCUCAUUUUAAUUUGAUCACGUUUACAUGAUAGGUAGGGUGACCCGCCACAUGUUACCACGCCUACCUGGGGUCCCCCACCUCCAUGUAAACAGGCCCUAAAUUAUGUGCUUCUCUUCAUUGAAAUUGCGCCCGCAGUAACAUAUUAAAUUCACUUUUCAAACGCUACCAAGGACCUUUCAUUAGGUCAAAAGUCAGUAGUGAGCUCAGAAACUUGACAAGCCUCAAAGCAUUCAAGAAACAUAUACGCGGUGUGGACCUUUCUAGCCAUAAAGAUGACUAGAGUAACUGCUGUGACUUGUGUAAAUUCUGAGUCAUUUACACUUGUAUAUAGUUUUAGGUUUUAGGUAAGAUCAUUAAUUUAAAAGUCAUGUAAUAGAUCAGUGUGCCAGAACGUAGGAAAGUGUCCUCAAUUUGCAACUGUUAAGCUAAAUACAUUGACAAUAAAAUAAAGUUGUUAUUAUUAUUAUUAUUAUUAUUAUUAUUAUUAUUAAACGCUUAAAACUUUUUAGUACAUAUUUUUUGUUACAUACAUACGCAAGGGAGUGUUAGAGAUAAGUUAAGCCUGUAUUAUGCAGAUAUUUACAGGAUAAUUUGGUGGGCUAAAUUUCAUAGAAAUUGGUAAAUUAUUCGCAAAGUUCUGACGCUAUGAAGGAUUAAUUCAUAGCAAGCCUUAUACAUAACUCUACUCGACAAUGUUUUUGUACAAAGUUACAUGUUAUAAGUAAAGCCAAGACAAUUAAGUAUCCUUUUAUCGUUAUUGUUAACACGUUUUACACGAAGGCUAUUGAUAAACCCACACUCCUUUCGGUCCAGUGCAUUCUCGUAAGCCGCCAUUUUGUUUUCGUGCACAUUAAUAGUUACUAGGGAGUUAUUAUAACUCCAAAAAUGGAGUAAAAAUUUUAGGUACAGGAUAACCCUUUUCUGGGGGGGGGUUCUUUAACUCCUCAGUAUUAACUCCAAAUCUGGGGUGAUUUUUACUCCUGAAAAAGAGUUCUUUAAAGUCCUUUUUGGAGUUAAAAUAACUCCGAAAAAAAUAACUCCACUGUAAGUAGUUAAAUUAACCCAACUAGAGCACAAUUAUUAUAACUCCUUGAAAAUUACGGUGGCUAUUAAACUUGCGCUGUGACUGUAUUACACUUGCAAAUGCGUGCAGCGAGCGUGCAGCAGGAAGUUCGUUUACUUGUUUACUUAGUGUAAUGGAUUCGGCUUUUGAGCCUUUGUGUUGUUGAUACAUCUUCAUGUUUUGAAAACAAAACGAGACAAAUGUCCUUUCAGGAAUGUCAAUAAUCUGAAUAGUUAUGUUUCCCUGUAGUUUCUUAGUUAAUACCAAAGAAAUCUGGAUUGUCCAAAAUUAAGUUUUACCGCAAAUUAAAUAUCCUUGUUUCUGUUAAUGCUCUUGUCUUUCGCAAAAUUUCUGUUUUUUUCUCAUUCCGUUGUUUUUAAUGGGGUCAUAAUUCGUUCUAUAUUGUCUAAAUGUCUCGGUUUGUUCUGAUCUGAGUGGCUGACAGGUUUUCAGAGUCCAUUGAAGUUUAAUGAAUGUCAAGCCACUUGAAAAAAACAUGUAAAUUUUCUGCACAGAGCCACGCAAUAUUUUUGGUUUAUCGGGAAAGACACACUUUGAAUUUUUGCGGAAAGUAAAGGGUCCAAGUUUUCAUGAAAGCAGCUACUGGAAGAAGCUAAUACCAACAGUAAUCACAGUUUUAUUUCGUUGUAGUUAUACAUGUAAUAAUUUCAAUGCAUGCUUGUAUUGCAAGCUCGUUAGCGCAGGUAAUUCCUUGUAACUAAUUGCUCGUUUACUUAAGUAGCUUUUUCCUUUUCUGCCGGUUUUACAUGCAUUAAGUUUAGCCGUAGGAUUAUUUGGAAACGGCUUGCUUAGGCAGUUCAUUGAGAUAGAUCAUUUGUGCAUCGUUACCCAAGCCUGUAUUCAGAGUGUCGAUUCUUGUCUGUUCCUGUGAAUGAGAGUACCAAUUAUGUUAUUUUACUUCUUUGAUUUCUCUUUUUGCCCUUUUCAGAAACUUCAAACCACAGAGAAGCAAUUGAAGGAAAGGAUUAAAACCAUCGCUGAUUUAGAACACGAGUUAGAGAAGAUGAGAGAUCAUCUCGGCGAAGGAAGACAGGUUAGUUGCCAUAGCACCUAGACCUGAAUAUCCCGGAUGUUGUGCCUGAAUCAGAGCAAGUCCGACCACAUCGCGGAAGUUCAUAAUAUUACCAGAUUUUAUAAUUCUCCAAACAGGAGUCGAACCUAUGACCUUUUGGUUAUUGCCUUUUCAUAGGAAAUUAACGCCUCACGAAUUUAAGUCGCAUUAAUUUCUUGAAACGUUAAUUUUCCCGCCGUUAAUGUGGAGCUUUGAUUUCCACGAUCAUAAAGGGGCUGUGUCACGGCUGUCCAGUUUAUUUUGUCAAUAUCUAGUGCCAAUUAUGCGUUCUUAUUUGCUGUGGAACUUACAGCUGAACUUAACGUUAGCGGAGAAAUUAAUCGUAAAUGACAAAAUCAAAGCUUUGUGCCAAACAAAUGUGUCUCCCACGCAUUAUAUCAAACGCUAAAAACAACAAAAAUGAACUUUGAAAAACUGUUAGGCUAACAACCACAAUUGCAAUCCAUUUUAAUCUUCUUCAAGUUUGUCCAUCUGUGCCUUCUAUUGUAUUUGCUUUGUUAUAUAUAUGUUCUUAUAAUGUUUUGAGCUGUUAUUUUUAUGAUUCACUCAAUUUGGUGGCAGUUCCCACUGUUUGAAUUUUGAUAAAUUUCGUGACACAGCUCCUUUAAUUUCCACUAUUUUGGAUACACUUCUGACAUUCUUGACACCCAGGAAAGAGGAGUAUCUUAUCAGGGUAGAGAUCCGCCAGUAACAGUGAAACUGUCAAGAACCCUCGAAGUGGCCAGAUUUCUUAGUUAGACUCCCUUCGUGCGUUAGGGCAAGUACCACGAACAAAGUUUCCAUUUCAGAUUAUACGUUUUAAGGCCCAGUUCAAGCGUCGAACUUUUCACGUACCGAUUCUAAUCCCUUCAAUUAAGUACAUGCAAAGAUCGGCGUUUGAAUUAAUUAAGUCCGACAUAUUUAAUUUGGGUCAACCCAUGAAUUAAGAUCGAGUGGCCCUCAUGAUUUUGGACUGUGGAGCGACUUUUCAUGUGUCGAAACUAAUGCAUAAAUUACUAGAAUUCGUUUUCACUGAUAAACAUUGUAGACCAUUGUACAUCGUGAAAGUGAAUAGAGUCCGACUUAAUUAAGUUCGACGCCUGAAUUAACCGUCGAAUUGUUGUCAUUUGGGUCGACCCAAAUAGGUAUUAAGUUUGGUACAUACAAAGUUCGACGUUUGAACUGGACCUGACUUUGUUUCUGUUGUCUCAACAAGUUUAGUUUCUUUGUGAGCAUCCCGUUAAUUUUCUUCAUUUUGAACUGUUAUCCUCUCUACCUCGUUAAUUUUCUCUAUUUCAAAGUCGUUUUCCUCUAAAGUCGCGUUAAUUUCCAAUACCAUAAUUUCAUGGAGCUUUAAUUACCUAAAAUAGGGUAGUCCACAUGCUGUACAACUGAGCUUCAAGCAACUCGAGGACAAUAAGACCAUUGAGCUAGGUUCACUGAGGAACACCUUGUAGGUUGUGACAAUGUAACAUCGACCCAGGGGAGGUUUUGUGUUCAGCGGUUUUUAGUAAAAACAAGGGUUUGUGGGGGUUGCUCAGUCUUGAUUGCGGGCUCAAAAACCUCCCUUAGGUCGAUCUUAUUGUGUAUUUACCCACCUUGUAUACUUAAAUAAGUCCCAUAAUGCAGUUCGACAAAAACCGACCCAGUCCCACCCACGCUUAACCUUGAAAAUGACCCAGUCAGGUUAUCAGUAAACAAACCUUCUCUCUUACAAGAGCGACAAGGCGAUUCAGCAGGAACUGGAUCACGCUAAAGCUCAGUGUCUGGACGCACAAAGAGCUGAGAAACUGCUCAAGGUUGACUUUCAUCAACUGGAAAAAAGAGUAAGUGAACUGGGAUUUUACAGUAACGCAUUUUUUUGAAGCAUUGAUGACAUGGCUUUUUUGAAACAAUGAAACAAUGUUGCUAGGGGGAAUACUUUCUUACAUCAGCUUUAUGGGUAAAGGGGUUUAGUUUUUGGUCGCCUUUUGGUUUAAAACAGAAGAUAUCACUUCAACCGUUUGGGUUUGAUAUAGGGCAUGGUUUUGUGCUUUUUGUGGAAUUGUAUAUCCCUUAGUGUCUUUUAUCAUUCACCAUUCCACAGACUUGAUUUGAAAAAGAGCAGGAAAAAUCAAAUAUUUUGCUCUGAAAUAUAUGUAAAGAACGGCUUUCCUAUCCCCAGCUUCUUGUAGCUUGCAAGUAAGCAAUAACAUUCUGGUAUAACAAAUGACAUUCUCAGCCAACAGUUGGAUAAAAUCCACAGUAUUAACAUGUUCUUUCAUAAAGGUUACACUUCACACUGCCCCGGCAAUUUGUUAUAUCAGGCUGCCAUUUUAUUUGGGUAUCAUGGGAAUCAGGUCACGUGCAAGCGAGUAGCCAAAGCAAGAGAGAAUGAUCUAGUUCAUUCUCUCUUGCCAAAGCGAUUCACAAAAUGGGAAUAGGUGGGGAUUACAGAAAUUCCUUCAAAAUGGCUGUGUAUUUAUGUUCUUCUGUAGUUUGAUCGCUUCCGGCGGAAGUUGGUUGAACACACAUUCCGCGGCGAUGUUCAAAGAACAGUUGAUCAUGAACUGGAUGACGAUGAAUUGCUUGAUCACGUGAGGAAUCUGGCUCAAGAGAAGUUAACUCUAGUGGAAGAAAUCCAGCAGUACGCAAACUCAGAAAGUGAAGUGAGUUCAGUAUUUACUGAAGAGCCUCGUUUGUUUUGAGUGUGAACCUUACCCCGAAGAUGACUUUUUCCAUUUUUUUUUCCUUUAAACUGCGAAAAGGAGCCUUCUUACUUCUCUCCUCCUUCAGAAAACGAGAGGGAGUUGUGCGCUUCGUCACCCACAUCAACGGCUUUUUCCCUCAAACAGAACGAGCUUCUCUUAUCCCUACCCCAUCUCCCUCCUCCACCCCAACUAAUACUCGCGUUAUCCGGAUAGCACUGGGAAGAUCAAACAUCAAUUAUUUUUUGUGAUUAAGAAGAUGGGUUUUUUAAGUAACAGUUCCUUCGUGUGGGGGUUUUAUUAGGGGGUGUGGUUAACUGAUCUGUGAGCCUUAAUUGGACAAAAUGUUAUCCUUCAGUUAAGAAAUGCCGCGUUUUCCUACCGUAGGAAAACGUGACUUAACUCCUAUGUUACGUUACGUGACGUAACUCCUAAUUAGAGGCUGAACUAAAACUGAAAACUGAAGUUCCGCACCCCUCCCCUCCACACCCUUAAAUUUGUCAGUCAAUAGCGACCCUUCUGCCGCAGCCUUUUUUAAUUUCUUAAUUCAGUUGAUGUUGUCGCUCAUGGACGUACGACAGCUAGCUUGCUAAAUCUGAAUAAAUGUGUUAAGAAGUGAAAAGGUUUUCUCUUUUGUUAAUUAUCAGCUUUUUUUUAGUCAUUUACCCUUUUUCCUUUCUUUGACCAUGGUAGAAAGAAGCAAAACACAGAGACUUAAAAGAGUCAACGGGUGAA